AUGAUCUGGCAGAUCGGCGUUGUUGUUGCCGUGGUGCUGAUGUGCGGAUUCUGGACCGACUGGUUUGACCGAGACGAUCCCAGUGGAUCUGGCGACUGGGAGAAACUUGCGCAUCUCCGCAUGGAAAACCCUGGAAAGAUCUGCCCGAGACCCGUUGACAUUGAGAGCCCAAGCUACGGAUUCGUGUGCAAGAAUUAUCUCCAGCCUGACAAGAGGUGCCACGACUAUCGCGUUCGUUUCAGCUGCUACCCCCCUACUGUGGCGAAGGAGAACACGCGUUUGUUUGUUGCAGUCUGCUGGACAAAGUGGUUUGACCGGGACAACGCCAGCGGUAACGGUGACUUUGAGCUGCUGUACUAUUUAAGAAAGGAAAACCCGGGCCAAAUUUGCAAGACCCCGUGUUACAUCGAAGCCGUCACCAGGGACACCCAUACUCCUGCGUUGAACACGGGCCAGGUCUUCAGACGCUAG